CAGCGCAGCGACGCGCCUUGACCGCUUCCUUGUGCACAAAGUGGUGUCCUUUUUUCCCUUACAAUCCGCAAAUUACACACGUCUAACAUUAAACACGCAACGAAUCUAAACCGAAUGGAGGUUUGCUGUGCGCCUUAAUCAGUCAGUCACCUCUUUCUGUUUUUCUCUUCCCUCCUUCCUCUAGACUCAGUAACUUUCAACCCUCGCAGCCACCCACACCAAUUCCUGGCAGCAGUCUGAUCCAAACCGAACCAUGCCUGGAGACUCGGGGAAAAGUGACAUGGAGCGCAUCGGCCUCUUUCAGGAGAUGCCCUACAUCACCAUUCAAGACCCCUACAAGGAUGGAAUGUCAAAACCCUUCAAUGAGAUGGCUUAUAAAGGCAGGCAAAUGAUGUUAGAUGGCUCCAAAUCAAAAAAUGCCACACAGGCAGGAUACUUUGAUCCUGUAUUUGUGAGGAUCUUCGAAAGUGAAAGCUAUUCCGAUCGGAUUAAAUUAAGAAGACAAGGGAGAAUGAAGGCGGCUAAAAAGAACAUUGGUGGAGUUUUCUUUCCCAGUCACGGAGACAGAGACCCAUGCGGAUUGGGCACUUACUAUGGAACAAUUGGUGGGUCGUUCGAAGCAUUCAGUCGGUUGGAAAAAACAAAGCCACCAUUUGUACCAGAGAUGAAAAACCUUUACACCAAUCCUGGAAAACUAGGAACAGGAUAUGGGUAUGACCAUCUCACCAUUGGAAAAUCAUAUGAACAUUCUCCAGAUGCCUAUACAAUAAAAAGUACUAAGAAAGACACUGCCCUCGGAGGACCAUUCCGACUGAACCUUUACCCAAAGGAUUACUUCGACAGUAAUCCAUACAGCACUGACAAGACGUUGCCUCCAGUAAAACAUCCUGCACCAGUUAAGAAAGCAGAAGUGCCAUUUAAACCUCCCUCUCCUGGAAAGUCGCCCGGCGGUAUGAAGGCUGGCACAUUUGACGAUUACCCGUCCCAUUUCAGUCCGUUAGAUCGGCCUCCAAAGGUGGAUCCAAAAGCUCGUGGACAUUUAGUUUUCCGACCCAACCCCGGUCUUAAGAGCAGACCGACCGACAGUGUCCUGAAAGCCAAUGUGAACAGGGUAGUGAACAACAUGAACUACAAGAGUGUUGAUCGUAUCAUGGCUUAUUAACCACCGAGCAGAUGCCUUGCGCAGUGAAAAGCAGGUUACCUAAUAAAGCAUUCAUAAUGUAACUGACAUGCAUACCCCUGCAUGUCUCAGACCUUUCUCAUUCAGAAUACUGCAUGUGUCUGGUUGAAAACGAUCGAUUCUCUGUCUGCAUCAAGCCUGGUGAACUUCUACUUUCUUGUAAAAUAUGGUGUUGCUGUGGCUAACAAUAUAGAAUUACCCGUGCUUUAACUAUUUUUGUACCAUUUCUGCUCAUUGAAGUGAUCAUUACAAUCUACCCU